AUGAAGGAAGCAAUGAAAGCUAAACAUGGUCAGCCUGAUGCAAAUGGCAGCACCGAUGGAGUGGAAAUUAUUGUGGCAAAAGAAAAAAUAACCAAUUUGCAGGAGAAUUUAACAGAUGAAAAGGAGAACGAAAGGACAAAGAGCAACGAAGGUGGCCCAGUUAAUGAGAAAGUAAAGGAAAUGGAAAAACAAAAGGAAGGCCACCAUUUCUUACAAUUGGUUGACAAAGACGUUUCUGAAUUACAAGGCCUCAUAUUCAAUGCUGAAUCUGACCUGGAAACCUUUAAACCAGAGAUGAGCGAGGAGGUACAAGGAAAGGUCCUCGCAGCAACAGGAAAGGCACGCCUCCUUAUCUCGCAGAAGAUAGAGCAGUUCAGAGGCCUAUGUCAACAAAACAUUGAUGGGCCCAAAGGUGACGAACCCGCUAUAAUAGCUGAAGAUCUGGCUGGAUUUUGGGACAUGGUGUCCAUUCAGGUGGAUAAUGUACACCACCUUUUCAAAGAAAUCAGUGUUCUUAAAGCUAAUGGAUGGAAAGAGGACCCAAGUACAUAUAACACUAACAAUGUCACCAAAGGCCCUGUGAAGAGGGAACCAGUAAAAGUUAUGAAAACGGCUAUGAAGAAUUGCUCUGAGAAAGGAAGGGCACGAAACGAGGCACGCAAGAAACUAUUGGAGGAGAGACGGAGGGCAAUGAAGGAGGCAAUUAAAGCUAAACAAGCUCAACCAGAUGCAAAUGGCAGCACAGAUGGUGUUGAAAUUCUGGUGGCAGAAAAGAGAAUGGGCCCCGAGUGA